UGCCCUCCUACCCAGGAAGCAGGACCCAGAGGAGCGCUAAGUCCAGGGGCCUGGAGCCGGCCUGAGGGGCCUGGGUGGUGCUCCCCAGCUUUCCUCCCGGCUGGAGAGAGUCAGCAGGCGCCGGGCACAGGAGCUGCUAGAACAAUGCUGACGCGGGCGAGGUGAGGAGCGGCCCGACGACAGACGGACGCCACGCGGCUCCUCCGAACAGGUGACCCAGGUGAUCGGAGGAGUCCAGACCCAGGCCACCUGGGCGUCCCUCCCCUGUCUCGACCGGCCUAGCUCCCCGGAGACGGCGGGACAGCCAUGGCGACCAAUUUCAACGACAUCGUCAAGCAGGGCUAUGUGAAGAUGAAGAGCCGAAAGCUGGGGAUCUACCGGAGGUGCUGGCUGGUGUUCCGGAAAUCCUCCAGCAAGGGGCCCCAGCGGCUGGAGAAGUAUCCGGAUGAGAAGUCCGUGUGCCUCAGAGGCUGCCCUAAGGUGACAGAGAUCAGCAAUGUGAAGUGUGUCACACGGCUCCCCAAGGAGACCAAGAGGCAGGCAGUGGCCAUCAUAUUCACCGACGACUCCGCGCGCACCUUCACCUGCGACUCAGAGCUGGAGGCAGAAGAAUGGUACAAGACACUGUCUGUGGAGUGUCUGGGGUCACGGCUCAAUGACAUCAGUCUGGGAGAGCCUGACCUCCUGGCCCCAGGGGUGCAGUGCGAGCAGACAGAUCGCUUCAACGUCUUCCUGUUGCCCUGCCCCAACCUCGAUGUGUACGGCGAGUGCAAGCUGCAGAUCACCCACGAAAACAUCUACCUCUGGGACACACACAACCCCCGCGUGAAGCUCGUCUCGUGGCCCCUCUGCUCGUUGCGCCGCUAUGGCCGGGAUGCCACACGCUUUACCUUCGAGGCUGGCCGGAUGUGUGACGCUGGGGAAGGGCUCUACACCUUUCAGACACAGGAGGGGGAGCAGAUAUACCAGCGGGUCCACAGUGCCACCCUGGCCAUCGCCGAACAGCACAAGCGGGUCCUGCUGGAGAUGGAGAAGAAUGUGAGGCUGCUGAACAAGGGCACUGAACACUACUCGUAUCCCUGCACACCCACUACCAUGCUGCCCCGCAGUGCCUACUGGCACCACAUCACGGGUUCCCAGAACAUAGCCGAAGCCUCCAGCUAUGCCGGUGAGUUGCUUCUGUGCCCCACCCCCAUGGAGGGCACAUCUUGUGACCUGGAUCUGAGUUCUGAGCCAGUUUCUAUACCCACAGGUGAGGGGUACGGGGCAGCCCAGGCCAGCUCAGAAACGGACCUUCUCGACAGAUUCAUCCUGCUAAAGCCAAAGCCCAGCCAGGGGGACAGCAGCGAGGCAAAGACCCCUUCCCAGUGACAGCAGGGCUGGCAGGCACCAAUGACUGUUGGGGGCUGCCUGUUGCAGGACAGACUACAGCCUACUGUGGAUGGCCUCAAGAGGCUAUUGGCCAAGACCUGGAGAAAGGGAGCAAGCUGUUCCCUCCCUGCCCCCGAGGGUGAGGCUGGACCAAGGCAAAGCGCUGGCCACACUGCCUGAGCAUGUGAGGGGCCGGAGCCACCAUGGACUAUAUCCUGUUGAUGAUUUUAAUAUUUAUGGCUUAUGACAUAUUCUAUAUUAAGAUUUUCCCCCCUGUCCCUUCCCGCCAACACAUACAUUUUUAAUCCCAUGACCAGGCCAUGGUCAAGGCUGUUAUAAAGAUUAUGAGGGCAGCUGUUUGCCUGUCCUUUGUGGUACAGCCCUCCUGCUGCCAGGACCUGCUUGAAUUGCCAGGGCCAGAGGAGGGGGACAAUCAGAACUCAAGGCUGGCAAUGCUUGCUGACUUUUCCCAAGCAGCCUAGUGGCCAAGACAGCAGGUGGCUUCUCUGUUCCUUUGGGCCUGUAGUGGCACAGGAAGGAUCCGAACUUCCAGAAUGCCACUUAGCAGCCUUGCACUUGGAGUUUUAAGCAGAGGUGACAUCUGGUUGAUGCCUCAGGUGAAAAAUCUGGUUUUAAAAUGUAAUUUCUGCACAGGCUCCUUCCUGCUUAGCAGGAUGAGAAGUGGUCCUCAGGGUAGGGGUGCUUAUUACCUCAGCCAGGUGGAGGAUGGCUGGGGCCCGUUCCUGCCCCAGGGCCAGGCCAGGCCAGAUGGCUGCGGCAGGACUGCUGUGGGGAGCACCCCUGCUGCCCUCUCAUUGACUGGGGUACAGUGCCCCAGGAGAGGGAGACCCUCUGCCAUGGGUUUGGCCACCUAUGCCAGAGCACUCAAACCACCACCUCCCCAUUUCUCUUCCCCACAUGGUGCUGAGGCUCCCUGCUGAAAUGCAAUUAAAGCAAUUGAUUUUCUAGUGCUGGUAUUUAUUGACUACCGUUGCAGAAGGGCUAUCUUUCUAUUCACAUCAAACCUUUGGUUGCGUGGUUUUUGUUUAUUGUUUUUUAAUACUUUAGGGUUCGGAUUUGUGGGAACAGACCUUCUUGUAAAUAACCACUAUUACGUUUGUGGCAGGAGAAUGCUAAAGCAAGAAGACCCCUCCCAAAGGAGCCCUAGAGACAGGGAGGUGGCAUAGCCAGCUCAGCUCUGAUGUGACCCAGGGAAUGACCACCCAGAGUAAGCUAGUCUGCAGCGGGAACUGGGGUCCACAGGACUGGGUCUGGUGGUAAAGCUGGCUGGCUCAGCUAGUGGCACGAUGACGCAUGAAGGAGAUUAUGUUGUACUCUUUAUUGCCAAAAAUAAAAACUUUUAAAAAA